AUGGAACGAUCUCUCAGCACUAGCGAGUGGCAGCCUUCAUCUCUUUUCACAAACAGUAAUGGAAGACACUCAUCUGAAGCAGGACCAUCGAGAACAGAUAUCAGCACCACCACGAACGAAAAGAGUACUGGUCUUGAAAACCCACGCCCAUGGAACUACUAUUCAGAUUUGGGUAGUCAUAAUAGUUAUGAUGAUGAUCGAUUAACUUUUCGUUCAAAAAAUAAGAUUGUAGUGAGCUCCCCGCAAACCUCUGGUCCGCAACAGAGUACAGCAAGAAAAAGAAAGGCUUCCAGCGGCAUCGAACCAGCCUCGAAAAUUAUCAUCCACGAAUCAUGUAUAGCAGCAGGUGUAUCGUCUCCAAAACUUCAAUCCGUAAAAGCCAAAGUCAAACUUCUCGAGAUGCAGUACCCAGAUGACCUACCAUACAUCAUCACUUUUUCGCACAACACUCAGACCCUGUAUCUAGAAUGUCAAGAAUGCAGCAAGUCACUCAGUCUCUUGAAGGGAGGAGGAAAUGUCGGAAGUCACGCAAGUAGCGUUUUGCAUUCAACGUGCGUCGAUGAACGGUUACGAAAACUAGAGGUGGAAGGUUUCAGGAGGCAAGUGACCGAAGAAGUUAGAACACGAGAAACAGCCAUGUAUGCUUCGCCGGCGGUGACUUCCACAAGGAGAUCCCAAAGACUGUGGCGACGAACACAUACCUCGAAGCAGCAAUGCACGAAACCUACGCCGUCAGAAAACUUCGAAUCUACUCCGUCUUCAGAAAAUAAACGUAUGCAAUCGAAACGACGCUUAAUCGUAGCUCCUUUCCCUACACAUUCACCUGCAGAGAUUCCGCACUCUGGUGUUGAGAUGUCCGAUGAGAUGUUGACGCGGUAUCAAGGGUUUGAUAAGACAUUAGAAGAUGCGGUCGUUGACAUCAAUGUCCGACAAUCAACCCAACACAGAUUACUCAUAGAUGAAGUUCAAAAGAAGAUAUCAUGUGGUCUUGUGCCUUUUGACAAUCUACUUACGACCUUGGAAAAAUGUGUUCAAAAAUCCUACCAAAGUGUACAGCAUAAAGAGCUCACCGAACAGAGAAUAAGCAAGGCGUGGCACUCCUCAGAAUCUGCACUUCGAGUAGUCAAGAAGCUAGAGGGAGAUAUCAAGGCAAGCGAAGAGAAAUUUUCUGCCGGCCUGAAUCUAGCGAGGGAACUAGCGGAAGUAGUCGAUCGAAUCGAGAAAGGGAUAUCAACCUCUUCCGAGAUUGAUCGAGUUGGCAGGUUGGAAAAUGAAGUCAUAGGAGUCAAAGAAGUGCUGACGGGAAUUCGUCGACAAAAUGACCUCGACAAAGUAAAAUACCCAGACAAAGGACCUCUAAAUGUCAAGGUCUCCCAAUCUCAGCCAGACACUGAUCCAGUUACUGCAUUGAAUGAAAAGGUCAACAAACUCACGGCAAAAGUCUCCAAUCUGGCUGGUCUUGUUGAAACGCAUGGGCUACCUACCAGUCACGGUGGCACUGCUAACAACGCCGCCCUCAUUGAGGAUCUGAAGAAGUCCAAGGGGACGAUGAUGAAGCGCCUGGCUACCUCUGAGGAACGCCUGGCUGCCUUGGAGGAACAGAACGACAAACUCAUUUCUAAGAUCAAGGAACUAGAAAAAAUGUAA